UGUAUUGUGUACAGAUGCGGUUAUCUGCGUAAUCAUUCCCGGCACGAUGCGGCUCGUGCGGCAGGUGUUGGCGCUGGGCGUGCUGGCGUGUGCGGCGGCGCUGCAGCCGCGCUGCCAGGAGAUCAGCAUCCCCAUGUGCCGCGGCAUCGGCUACAACCUCACCUCCUUCCCUAAUGCGCUCGACCAUGACACGCAGGAGGAGGCCGGCCUUGAGGUUCACCAGUAUUGGCCCCUCGUUGAAAUAAAAUGUUCAGCGGAUCUGAAGUUCUUCCUGUGCUCGGUGUACACGCCGAUCUGUAUCGAGGACUACACGAAGCCGCUGCCGGCGUGCCGCAGCGUGUGUGUGCGAGCGCGCGCCGGCUGCGCGCCGCUCAUGCAGAAGUACGGCUUCCAGUGGCCCGAGCGCAUGGCCUGCGAGAAACUCCCGCCCGGAGACCCCGAGAACCUCUGCAUGGAGGAGAACGACAGAGCACAAGAGCCCGAACCGCCCAAACCACCACCAAGGAAACCUCAUAAAAACAACUGUAAGGAUCCAAAAAACUGCGAAGGCGGCCCGGCUGCAAGCCCGGGCGAAAGCGAAUGCGCAUGCGCGUGUCGACCCCCCCUGGUCAGCGUGCGAACGCUACACAACGCGAGCGCCACCAGCGGCGGCGUGGCCGGCUGCGCUCCGCCGUGCCGCGGCGCGUUCUUCACGCGAGAGGAGAAGGACUUCGCCGCCGUGUGGGUCGCGCUCUGGAGCGGCCUCUGCGCCGCCUCCACGCUCAUGACGCUCACCACCUUCCUCAUAGACUCGCAGCGGUUUAAAUAUCCUGAGCGACCUAUCGUGUAUCUCUCCGCUUGUUACUUUAUGGUGGCACUCGGUUAUCUGGCGCGAUUGGCACUCGGCCACGACGAAGUCGCUUGUGAUGGUGCAUUACUCAAGACUACAGCCAACGGACCCAGCGCUUGCACGCUCGUCUUUAUCCUGGUCUACUUCUUUGGCAUGGCAUCAUCGAUCUGGUGGGUGGUGCUGUCGUUUGCGUGGUUCCUUGCUGCAGGACUAAAGUGGGGCAACGAGGCAAUCGCCGGACACGCGCAGUACUAUCAUCUUGCCGCCUGGCUAAUUCCCGCCGCAAAGACUGUGGCCGUGCUGCUCGCCGGUGCCGUCGACGGUGACCCGGUCGCUGGCAUCUGUUACGUCGGCAACUCGUCCCCUGAGAACCUCAAGAAAUAUGUGUUGGCGCCGCUGAUCGUGUACUUCGCCCUCGGCGCGACGUUCCUGCUCGCCGGGUUCGUGUCGCUGUUUCGCAUUCGGUCGGUAAUCAAGCGGCAGGGCGGGAUCGGCGCCGGCUCCAAGGCCGACAAGCUCGAGAAACUGAUGAUCCGCAUCGGCGUGUUCAGCGUGCUGUACGCGGUGCCGGCGGGCGUGCUGAUCGGGUGCCUCGCGUACGAGGCGGGCGGGUACGAGUCGUGGAUGCGGCGCGUGGCGUGCGGGCCGGCGUGCGGCGACCGGCCCAUGUACUCGGCGCUGAUGCUCAAGUACUUCAUGGCGCUGGCGGUGGGCAUCACGUCGGGCGUGUGGAUCUGGUCGGGCAAGACGCUGGAUUCGUGGCGGCGCGUGUGGCGCGGCGGGCGCGAGGCGCCGGCGCAGCGCGCGCUCGUGAAGGGCUGCGUGUGACGCGCGCCCGCGGCGCCGCCCGCCGCGCCCGCCGCCCCGCCGCCCCGCCGCCCC